AUGAACAAACGAUACAGCAAAGUCAUAUUAAUUGGCCUUGCAGCAUUAUGGUCCUUAUUUGUCAUUAGAAAUCUGAUAAACCAGCCAACAAUAAGAGAUCGGAUAAACAAGCCCGCACCAAGAGAUCGGAUAAACCAGCCACCUCCAAGAGAUCGGACAAACCAGCCAACACAAAGAGAUAGGAUAAACCAGCCACCACCAAGAGAUCGGAUAAACCAGCCACCACCAAGAGAUCGGAUAAACCAGCCACCACCAAGAGAUCGGACAAACCAGCAACCACCAAGAGAUCGGACAAACCAGCCACCACCAAGAGAUCGGACAAACCAGCCACCACCAAGAGAUCGGCUAAACAAGCCCGCACCAAGAGAUCGGACAAACCAGCCACCACCAAGAGAUCGGACAAACCAGCCAACACCAAGAGAUCGGAUAGACCAGCCAACACCAAGAGAUCGGAUAAACCAGCCACCACCAAGAGAUCGGAUAAACCAGCCACCACCAAGAGAUCGGACAAACCAGCCACCACCAAGAGAUCGGAUAAACCAGCCACCACCAAGAGAUCGGACAAACCAGCCAACACAAAGAGAUCGGACAAACCAGCCAACACCAAGAGAUCGGAUAAACCAGCCACCACCAAGAGAUCUGACAAACCAGCAACCACCAAGAGAUCGGAUAAACCAGCCAACACAAAGAGAUCGGAUAGACCAGCCAACACCAAGAGAUCGGAUAAACCAGCCAACACCAAGAGAUCGGAUUAACAAGCCAACACCAAGAGAUCGGACAAACCAGCCAACACCAAGAGAUCGAACAAACCAGCCAACACCAAGAGAUCGGACAAACCAGCCACCACCAAGAGAUCGGACAAACCAGCCAACACCAAGAGAUCGGACAAACCAGCCACCACCAAGAGAUCGGAUAAACCAGCCAACACCAAGAGAUCGGAUAAACCAGCCACCACCAAGAGAUCGGACAUACCAGCCACCACCAAGAGAUCGGACAAACCAGCCAACACAAAGAGAUCGGAUAGACCAGCCAACACCAAGAGAUCGCACAAACCAGCCAACACAAAGAGAUCGGAUAAACCAGCCAACACCAAGAGAUCGGACAAACCAGCCACCACCAAGAGAUCGGAUAAACCAGCCACCACCAAGAGAUCGGACAAACCAGCCACCACCAAGAGAUCGGAUAAACCAGCCACCACCAAGAGAUCGGACAAACCAGCCAACACAAAGAGAUCGGACAAACCAGCCAACACCAAGAGAUCGGAUAAACCAGCCACCACCAAGAGAUCUGACAAACCAGCAACCACCAAGAGAUCGGAUAAACCAGCCAACACAAAGAGAUCGGAUAGACCAGCCAACACCAAGAGAUCGGAUAAACCAGCCAACACCAAGAGAUCGGAUUAACAAGCCAACACCAAGAGAUCGGACAAACCAGCCAACACCAAGAGAUCGAACAAACCAGCCAACACCAAGAGAUCGGACAAACCAGCCAACAAUAAGAGAUCGGAUAAACCAGCCACCACCAAGAGAUCGGAAAUACCAGCAACCACCAAGAGAUCGGAUAGACCAGCCAACACCAAGAGAUCGGACAAACCAGCCACCACCAAGUGAUCGGAUAGACCAGCCAACACCAAGAGAUCGGAUAAACCAGCCAACACCAAGAGAUCGGAUAGACCAGCCAACACCAAGAGAUCGGAUAAACCAGCCAACACUAAGAGAUCGGAUAAACCAGCCACCACCAAGAGAUCGGACAAACCAGCCACCAACAAGAGAUCGGAUAAACCAGCUAACAAUAAGAGAUCGGAUAAACCAGCCACCACCAAGAGAUCGGACAUACCAGCAACCACCAAGAGAUCGGAUAGACCAGCCAACACCAAGAGAUCGGAUUAACAAGCCCGCACCAAGAGAUCGAAUAAACCAGCCACCACCAAGAGAUCGGACAAACCAGCCACCACCAAGAGAUCGGACAUACCAAUCGGAUAAACCAGCCACCACCAAGAGAUCGGAUAAACCAGCCAACACCAAGAGAUCGGAUAAACCAGCCAACACUAAGAGAUCGGACAAACCAGCCACCACCAAGAGAUCGGACAAACCAGCCAACACCAAGAGAUCGGACAAACCAGCCAACACCAAGAGAUCGGACAAACCAGCCACCACCAAGAGAUCGGAUAAACCAGCCACCACCAAGAGAUCGGACAUACCAGCCACCACCAAGAGAUCGGAUAAACCAGCCAACACCAAGAGAUCGGAUAAACCAGCCACCACCAAGAGAUCGGCUAAACAAGCCCGCACCAAGAGAUCGGACAAACCAGCCACCACCAAGAGAUCGGACAAACCAGCCAACACCAAGAGAUCGGAUAAACCAGCCACCACCAAGAGAUCGGCUAAACAAGCCCGCACCAAGAGAUCGGACAAACCAGCCACCACCAAGAGAUCGGAUAAACCAGCCACCACCAAGAGAUCGGACAUACCAGCAACCACCAAGAGAUCGGAUAGACCAGCCAACACCAAGAGAUCGGAUAAACCAGCCACCACCAAGAGAUCGGCUAAACAAGCCCGCACCAAGAGAUCGGACAAACCAGCCACCACCAAGAGAUCGGACAAACCAGCCAACACCAAGAGAUCGGAUAAACCAGCCACCACCAAGAGAUCGGAUAAACCAGCCACCACCAAGAGAUCGGACAAACCAGCCAACAUUUAGAGAGCGGACAAACCAGCCACCACCAAGAGAUCGGACAAACCAGCCACCACCAAGAGAUCGGAUAAACCAGCCACCACCAAGAGAUCGGAUAAACCAGCCACCACCAAGAGAUCGGACAAACCAGCCAACACCAAGAGAUCGGACAAACCAGCCACCACCAAGAGAUCGGACAAACCAGCCAACACCAAGAGAUCGGAUAAACCAGCCAACACCAAGAGAUCGGACAAAACAGCCACCACCAAGAGAUCGGACAAACCAGCCACCACCAAGAGAUCGGAUAAACCAGCCACCACCAAGAGAUCGGACAAACCAGCCAACACCAAGAGAUCGGACAAACCAGCCACCACCAAGAGAUCGGACAAACCAGCCACCUCCAAGAGAUCGGAUAAACCAGCCACCACCAAGAGAUCGGACAAACCAGCCACCUCCAAGAGAUCGGAUAAACCAGCCAACACCAAGAGAUCGGACAAACCAGCCAACACCAAGAGAUCGGACAAACCAGCCAACACCAAGAGAUCGGAUAAACCAGCCACCACCAAGAGAUCGGACAAACCAGCCAACACCAAGAGAUCGGAUAAACCAGCCAACGCAAAAACGAUUGGCAUGGAGUACCGAGGGCAGAGGAGAAUUAUCCAGACGACAUCAGAAAAGAGUUGA